UUUUAAAAAGGCCUCCUGGGAUGUGUUACCAUUGCUGGAUGCCUGGUCCGUUGCGCAUGCCCGGCAGGAGGACAGGUGCUCUGAGUGGGCACAGGGUGUUGCCUAGAGUCAGAGCACUAGAUGACCCAGACCUGCCUUUAUUCUAAAUGGACCAACCAUUUUCCAUAUCAAGAUGACUUUACACUUCUUCCGAUAAAUGCAGAUUGACAAAUGUCAAAAUCCUUGUUCUCCCAGCCUCCUCAGCUGCCCUUCCCAGAGGCGCAUCCCUGCGGCUGUGUGCGAUGCUGAGGAAGUUGAUCCGGAAGAACUUUUUUUUUGGUCCCGCCAAAUACUUCUUCCUGCUGCUCGUUUUCUCCCUGGUUGCCUUCUCGGUCCUAAGGGGCCAUCAGAAGCCGGAAUUUGUAAGCAUCAGACAGCUGGAAUUGGUGGAAAAGAAUCCUAGUCAGCUUAUUAACCGCACUAAAGUGUUGCAGGGUGAUGUCGAAGUAAUCCAGAAGGCAAAACUCGAGAUGGUGACAGUGAAGUUCAGGAAGCGCCCGCGGUGGAGCCCGGAUGAUUAUAUCAACAUGACCAGUGACUGCGCGUCUUUCAUCAAGAGACGCAAAUACAUCACGCAGCUGCUCAGUAAAGAAGGGUCAGAGUUUCCCAUUGCUUAUUCUAUCGUGGUUCAUCACAGAAUUGAGAUGCUGGACAAGCUCCCGAGGGCCAGCUACAUGCCUCAGAACCUCUAUUGCAUUCGUGUCGACAGGAAGUCGGAGGCAUCCCUUCCAGCUGCGGUCAGGGGCCUCGCGCCCUGUUUCACGAACGUCUUCGUGGCCAGUCAGCUGGAGACCGUGGUGUAUGCCUCGUGGAGUCGCGUCCAGGCCGACCUCCACUGCAUGAGGGACCUCUAUGGCCUGAGUGCGGACUGCAAGUACUUGAUCAACCUUUGCGGGAUGGAUUUCCCUAUCAAAACCAACCUGGAGAUAGCCAGAAAGCUCAAGUCGUUAAUGGGCGAGAACAACCUGGAAACGGAGUGGAUGCCAUCCAGUGAGGAAGAAAGGUGGAAAAAGCACGCCAUUGUGAAUGGGAGGCUUAUAAACACGGAAACGGUCAAGGUGCGGCCUCCCCUCCCCAUCCCUCUCUUCUCCGGCAGUGCCUACUUUGUGGUCAGGAGGGAGUAUUUGGGUUACGUGCUGGAGAACGAAAACAUCCAGAAGUUUAGGGAGUGGGCGCAGGGUACCUACAGCCCGGACGAGCAUCUCUGGGCCACCAUCCAAAGGAUCCCAGAAGUGCCAGGCUCUGUAUCAUUAAGCCGCAAGUACGACUUGUCUGUCGCAAGGUUUGUCAAGUGGCAGUAUUUUGAAGGUGACGUGUCCAAGGGCGCACCCUGCCCACCCUGCCACAGUGUCCAUGUGCGCUCUGUGUGCGUGUUCGGAGCUGGCGACUUGAAUUGGAUGCUGCGGAAACACCACUUGUUUGCCAACGAGUUUGACACAGAUGUUGACCUGUUUGCCACCCAGUGCCUGGAUGAGCACCUGCAGCAUAAAGCCCUGGAGACCUUAAAACACUGAGCAGUGCAGGUGAUUGUAGGAAUGGUAACAAGGAUGUGUAACAUGUAGGCCAUGUACUUCUUCUGCCUCGCAGAGCAGUGUCUGAAAACCGGUGUGGGGUCCUCCUGGGGGAGCAGGCCUUAGAGUCAUGAUGUCAGGGAAGCUACAUGUCUUCUGCACAGUUUAACGGGUGGGCGUGUCUGAAGCGUUAAAUGUCUACCCAGGGUUCAUGUGGGAGGGAAAAGGAACCAGGAGAGAGGAAGCCAGGGUGGCCGAGGCAAGAUGAGCCUACUACAGACGCAGGGACUUCACAGGAGGCGAAGGGUC